AUGAAGAUCACGGGAAAGACUAAUGUCUAUAGCUAUGGCGUUGUUGUAAUGAAAGUCUUGACCAGGAAACAACAAAUUGAUCUAACAAUACCCAAUGGACUUCAUGUAGUCGAUUGGGCGAGGCAGAUAAAGGGAGGACUCGAAGUUCUGGAUCCAAGUUUGCUAUCCCGAUCUGAAUCUGAGAUCGUGGAAAUGAUGCAGGAAAUCAAGAAUGACAGGGAAGAGUUUGCAAAAGUUGAUGUCCUCCUCAAGGGCUCUCCCACACUGGGAAAUCCUGAGAAUAAGAACUCGACUGGGGCUCUGGCUACAUCGUCGUCAAAAUCAGCAAUGCAAAGCUUGUACCCUGGAAGCGUCAACACAAGCUUCUUGGCUUCAUCGUUGCUUUAA